CUCUGAGCGGGAGGCAGCCAUGGACUGGAAAGACGUGCUUCGCCGGCGGCUAGCGUCGCCCAACACGGAUCCAAAGAGGCUUUGUAUACGCUAGGUAAGCACUGUGCCACUGAGCAUCCUCCGGUCCCGGCAGUGCGAAUUGAAACACUUGGAAGGUCUUUAAGAGAGACAGUGGGAAAAAAAGCGAACAAGAAUUAAAAGAUGAAGAAAUGGAUUUAUUUACCAAAUACUACUCAGAAUGGAAAGGAGGUAGAAAAAACACAACCGAAUUCUAUAAGACCAUUCCCCGGUUUUAUUACAGGUUGCCAGCUGAAGAUGAAGUCUUACUACAGAAAUUACGAGAGGAAUCUAGAGCUGUCUUUCUGCAGCGGAAAAGCAGAGAACUCUUAGAUAACGAAGAGUUGCAGAACUUAUGGUUUUUGCUGGAUAAGCACCAGACACCACCUAUGAUUGGAGAGGAAGCGAUGAUCAAUUAUGAAAACUUUUUGAAGGUUGGUGAAAAGGCUGGACCAAAGUGCAAGCAAUUUUUUACUGCAAAAGUCUUUGCCAAACUCCUUCAUACAGAUUCAUAUGGACGAAUUUCCAUCAUGCAGUUCUUUAACUACGUCAUGCGAAAAGUUUGGCUGCAUCAGACAAGAAUAGGACUCAGUUUAUAUGAUGUUGCUGGGCAAGGAUACCUUCGGGAAUCAGACUUAGAGAACUACAUACUGGAGCUCAUCCCUACUUUGCCACAGUUAGAUGGGUUGGAAAAGUCCUUUUACUCCUUUUAUGUUUGUACAGCAGUUAGGAAGUUCUUCUUCUUUUUGGAUCCUCUAAGAACAGGGAAGAUCAAAAUUCAAGAUAUUUUAGCAUGCAGCUUCCUAGAUGAUUUACUGGAGCUAAGAGAUGAGGAAUUGUCCAAAGAAAGUCAAGAAACAAAUUGGUUUUCUGCUCCUUCUGCCCUGAGGGUCUAUGGUCAGUAUUUGAAUCUUGAUAAAGAUCAUAAUGGCAUGCUAAGUAAAGAAGAGCUCUCCCGUUACGGAACAGCAACCAUGACCAAUGUCUUCUUAGACCGAGUUUUCCAGGAGUGUCUCACUUACGAUGGAGAAAUGGACUAUAAGACCUACCUGGACUUUGUUCUUGCCUUAGAAAACAGAAAGGAGCCUGCAGCUCUGCAGUACAUUUUCAAACUGCUGGACAUUGAGAACAAGGGAUACCUGAAUGUCUUUUCCCUUAAUUAUUUCUUUAGGGCUAUACAAGAACUAAUGAAAAUCCAUGGACAGGAUCCUGUGUCAUUUCAAGAUGUCAAGGAUGAAAUCUUUGACAUGGUCAAACCAAAGGACCCUUUGAAAAUCUCACUUCAGGAUUUAAUCAACAGUAAUCAAGGAGACACAGUCACUACCAUUCUAAUUGAUCUCAAUGGCUUCUGGACCUACGAGAACAGAGAAGCCCUUGUGGCAAAUGACAGCGAGAACUCUGCAGAUCUUGAUGACACAUGAUCCCUGCAAAAUAGACUUCUUCAUAAAGAUGCUCGAAUGCUGCAUGCAGGACUGUUGAAGCAGAAUCCUUAGAAACGUUCUAAAUAAAACUCACCCCAUGCCUGUACAACACAGCAAA